UGUAUGUGGGAAGGAAGGCCAGCAUCGCAGCGUUGGCUGUACUAAUCUAUGAGAAAUUCAUCAUCCUGGAGGAAGAGAUCGACCUCGUGUGGUGCAAGCGAAGGAGCUGGGUUACGGUACUCUACUUCGUGCCCCUGUCUGGCUUGCAUCCGAACUGGCGAUGGUGGACCUGCCAAAAGGGACCCCAGCAAUAACGAUCUGUACUGUAUCAUUGUUAGGUAGCAACAUAGUAACGCUAGUCAUGACACUCUCCGUCCAAGCGGCCAUGCACCUCCGGGUAUGGGCGGUAUAUGAACGAAGCCGCAAGAUGCUAUGGUUCCUUGUCAUCCUCUUCUGUGCCGAAUGCAUAGUCAUGGUCACCCUCCUGGCAAUCAUGAUUGCCCGUUUGAGCACGCUGCCGAUAAUCUCUACUCCGGUCGGAUGUGCAUUUGAGACACUUCCCCGUUUUUCGUCGCUCUUCUGGGUCCCGGCCAUCGUCAUUGAGCCCAUUCUAUGUGUGCUAGUGCUUAAGAAAGCAGUAGGUCUGCUCCAUGCGCGGACAGGGCUUUCGGCACUAUUAGCACGGGACAGCUUGAUAUAUUUCUUUGCAAUUUCUGCUGGUCUUUUAUCCCUAUUGGUAGCGUGGCUCAUUGACCCUUUAAACCUCGAGUAUUUUUUCCCUUGGGCCAUCGCAUUUCCAUCGCUGUUUGGCGGCCGCCUCCUGCUCAACAUACGCCGCCAUUUCGAAUCUGUACAGACGUGGGGAGAGAUAGAGAUGACAGUAUAUUCGGCCACACAAGCCCAAACGGGAAACGUUGUACCGGAUGGCCCGAGUGUGCCUGCUGUAUCCCACUCUGUCAGCCAGGUCUGACGCUGCGUUUGUCAUAGGACCUUAGGCAUUCAUGCAUGGUAGAAAUGAGAUAUAUGGGUCUUCGGGUAUUGGUAGUUUGCAGUCACAAUCACUUUUGCAUUGUCACAUAGGGAAGCUUGUACGGAACGAUUAUCAGGGAUCCGGAAAACCAGGG